AUGGAUCUUCUGCUGCUGGUGAACGCGAGCCUGGACUCCCCCAACGAGUCCCUGGCGCUGCCCCCCUCCUCGCCGUCCUCCUCGCCCCUCCUGCAGCCGCCAUCCCCCUACUCCCCGGCGGCCGUGGCCAGCCUGGCGGCGGUGGUGGGCUUCCUCAUCGUCUUCACCAUCGUGGGCAACGUGCUGGUGGUGAUAGCUGUGCUCACCAGCCGGGCGCUGAGAGCCCCCCAGAACCUCUUCCUGGUGUCCCUGGCCAGCGCGGACAUCCUGGUGGCUACUCUGGUCAUGCCUUUCUCCUUGGCCAACGAGCUUAUGAAUUACUGGUACUUCGGCAAAGCUUGGUGUAACAUUUACCUGGCGCUGGACGUGCUCUUCUGCACCUCCUCUAUCGUCCACCUGUGUGCCAUCAGCCUAGACAGGUAUUGGUCGGUCACACAGGCAGUGGAGUACAACCUCAAACGGACCCCGCGGCGGAUCAAGGCCAUCAUCCUCACUGUCUGGCUCAUUUCGGCUGUCAUCUCCUCCCCACCAUUGAUCUCUGUGUACCGGGACCCCGAAGGGGAUGUCUUUCCCCAGUGCAAGCUCAAUGACGAGACGUGGUACAUCCUUUCUUCUUGCAUCGGCUCUUUCUUUGCCCCCUGCAUCAUUAUGGUGUUAGUCUAUAUCCGCAUAUACCGUGUGGCCAAGCUAAGGACCAGGACCCUCUCUGAGAAGCGUACAAUGCCAGAGGGGUCCUCCCAGACUGAGAACGGCUUGAGCCGUGCUGCCGCUGGCUGCACGUCCCUGAGGAUGCAGCUGGGAGAGAACGGACAUUAUUCAGUGCACCACUGGCGUAAAGCCUCUGAGCUGGAGGACAUUGAGCUGGAGGAGAGCAGCACCUCAGAGAGCAGACGGAGGCGGAGCCGGGAGGAGCAUCCCCGCAAAAGCAGCAAGAGCCAGUCCUUCUCCUACUCAUAUUCCUCCAAGCACUCCAGUAGCCGCCUGUCCCGCUCCAGCAAUCGCUCCAUGCAGCUCUUCUCAUAUCGCCGUCGCCGGAAGCGUAGCAGCAUCUGCCGUAAGAAGGUCACUCAGGCCCGGGAGAAACGCUUCACUUUUGUGCUGGCCGUGGUCAUGGGGGUCUUUGUAGUUUGCUGGUUCCCUUUCUUCUUCAGCUACAGCCUCUAUGGUAUUUGCCGGGAGGCAUGUGAGGUCCCUGAGACUCUCUUCAAGUUCUUUUUCUGGAUUGGGUAUUGCAAUAGCUCCCUCAACCCAGUCAUCUACACCAUCUUCAACCAGGACUUCCGCAAGUCCUUUAAACACAUUCUGUUUAAAAAGAAGAAGAAGAACUUCCGGCAUUGA